AUGCAGCUCGUCGCAUAUGAUGGAAAGAACGAUGGCCUGUUCUGCAGUGCUAUCCUGGAGAGUGGUAGCCCUGUCGCCAAGUUCACUAAUGCUAACGGCUGGCAACCAUACUUUGACGCUCUCGUUAAGAAGACGGGAUGCGCUAAUGCUCCUAAUCGAUUGGACUGUCUCAGGGGGCUUCCCUGGGAGACUCUCAGUGCCAUCUUUAACGGCACGAACCCGUUGAAUGUCACAGCGCCCACUCUCAGCGCUGUCAUCGACGGCGACUUCAUGACCGCCCAAGGAUCUGCUCUGCUGAAGCAGGGCAAGUUUGCCAAGGUUGCGCUCUUGACUGGCAACAAUUUCGAUGAGGGUACCGCAUACACAAAGCAGGGCAUUAGCACCGACGCUCAGUUUGAGGCGUGGCUCAUCAGCCAGGGCCUUGACAGCGACCAGAUUGAGUCUAUUUCUGAGCUUUACCCCAAUGAUCCUCUCCUGGGUAUUCCCGCCUCUUAUAUUGGCACGCCUCCCGCGGUGCCCUAUGGCCUUGAGUUCAAGCGAGUGGCGGCCUUCGCUGGAGACUACCAACAGCACGAUGGCCGAAGACUUCUCGUCGAGUCCUAUGCCGGUGCUGGACUGUCUGUGUACUCUUACCUGUGGAAUGUCUUCGUCAACGGUAUUCCCGCUAUCUAUGGAGCCACGCAUUUCCAGGAGGUUGCAUUCGUUUUCGAAUCUUCCUCGCAAUUUGACUUUGACCCCACACGGAACACCGAAUGUCAUCUAACUUAG